GUAAUACUUGAAUUUAAUAAUUUAAUUUAAUUUAUAUUCAUUUUAAAUAAAUUAAGGUUUAUAUUGUACAGCACAUUUUAUUUACAAUGCUUUCGACGUGUUAUACGUUUUACCGUUUGUAUGUCGGCGUUUAUUUUUUUUUAACUCGUUAGGUCGCACACAAGUAAAACUAAAAUACAAAAUUGGAAGAGUAUUGUAUCGUUGUUGUUUUUAUGAUGAAUUUAUUUAAAUAUUUAUUGAAAAUGAAGACACCCGGUCCUGUAGGCUAUAUAAGCGUGAUAAUUUUGUUAACCUUUACAAUGGGCGUUUUCAAGCAAUUUUCGCAGAAAACAGCCAACAAUUGUGAAAUGACAUUCAUGUUUGAAUAUCCACAUUUUGUUGUAUGUGACUGCUUUCAAAAUAUAUAUUUUUUAUCAAUAUAUGAUUUAUAUUAUUAUUUAUUAUUUUUUUUUUUUUUUUUUACCCAGGAAAUCUCAGUGCCGAUGAAUAGGGGAAAGUAUAAUUUGUACGCUUAUACCGAAGGCCAAACAAUGGAGAAGAUAAAAUCAAUGAAGUUCUAUGGCACGCCAGUUGUUUUUAUUCCAGGACACAGUGGAUCGUAUAGACAAGGUAUGUAUGCAAAUUAUUUUAAGGUUUACAAUCUGUUAUAAUUUAAAUAUUUUUGUUCAUAGUUCGGUCAAUAGCUUCUGUAAACAUUCGAAAAAUGUACCAUAUUCAAUCUAACAUCAAAUUCGAUUUUUUCACUGUCGAUUUGAACGAAGAAUAUUCCGCUGUAUUUGGUGGCGUUUUACUACAACAGACCGAAUUUGUUUCUCAAUGUAUAGACACAAUUAUGAAAACAUAUGAUAACGAUUACAAACCCACUUCGAUUAUACUCAUCGGACAUUCCAUGGUACCUUAAGUAUUUAUAUUGUGAUUAUUUCAUUAUUUAUUAUUUCAUAUUUUUAGGGUGGUAUUAUAGCCAAAGGAUUAUUCAUUAAUCCAACGUUUGAUACCAGUCUUGUAGAACUGAUCAUCACUCUGGCCACUCCGCACAGACCUCUGUUUUUAGCUGACCAUUAUAUGGAUAGUUAUUAUGACAAAGUGGAAAAUAUCUGGGGAAAUGGUUUGGACAAACCAAGAUCUUUGUUUUUGUCAAACAUUUCCUUGCUGUCCAUAGGCGGUGGCCACCGCGACCUAAUGGUUUGGCCAUGUAUGACUUACACUCCACACGCAGACAUAAAUGCAUUGGUUAGUUAUACUUAUACUAAUAUAAUCUGUUGUAUAAUUGGCAUUGUUAUUAAUUGAUUUACAAGUCAAUAAUCGUAUUUAUCUCCAGAGUUUAGCUAUACCUGGCGUUUGGACUUCAAUGGACCAUCAAUGCAUAUUAUGGUGUAAAUCAUUAGUCAAAACUAUCGUAAGAGUGUUGUUUGACUCUGCCGAAUCCGACUCAGAUGAUUCAGUUCAUGAAUGGAGAAAAAAAGUUUCUUCAUAUCAUUUUGAUAAAGUGUGUAGAAAAACAAUUAAAUAAUAUUAACAAGUAAAAAGAGUAAAAUUUAUCUUCAACUCACAGAGAAGUAAUGGAAAAUGGUUUCAUUCAAAUUUACAUCCCAAUUCGGUUAAACUAAAAGAACCGCACAUAAUUGAAUGGAAUGAAACUUAUAAAGUUCAGAGAUCUAUCUUUUUAGAGUCUGGCUCAACUAUGCCAAUUGCCAUUCAUAUGCCAUUAUUAAAUAAAUCUUUCAAUUAUGAAAUGACCGCCGAAGCAAUAAAUAUUGAAUACCAUGAUUGGGUGUUUUCAUGCAAACCAGACAAUCAUUUAAAAAAAUAUUGGUAAACUCUAAAUAUUUUAAAACAAAAUUACUAUUAUUUAUUGUAAAUAUUGUUAUCAAUGCAAUGUAUGUGUAUAAUAAUAUGUGUGUGUUUUUAAGUUUGUAUGGUGCAAACUGGUCUUCUAAUAGUACCAUAUCAAUGUCAAAAUACCUUAAAAGAAGACAUGUCACAAUUCAAUUGUCCAAAGUACUCAGAUUGGGACAUUCAAAUUUGGUUUUUAAAAUAAAAAAUACUAAAAAACCGGUAAAAUAUUAAUCGCCAACUAUAUAUUUUUGAGAAACCUUGACAUAUCUACAAAUAAAAAUGUUGUAUUAUAAUUUAAUUUCAGACUGGAUUGAAUAUUGAUCUAUACAAAGUAGGUGACAGAACGAAUCAAUUGUCGUGGCGUUUUUGGUACGGAAUUUUCGACAGGAAGCUGUUGUGGGAAAUCGACAUUUUCGAAACAAUACAAUACAAAACAAUUUUGCACGGUUGGUUGGAUAGUAUGUGUUUGAACUGUGUUUACAGGGUGUACAUGGUACCCUUAAAAUGUUUAAAGAAAAAACACCAUGCCGUUUCUAAAUUUGUCAUACCAUGGACUCAAGGCGUUUUGCAUGGUCUCUCUAGGUAGGUUGUCUUUUAUUAAAGAUUAAACUUUUGGAUGAAAUUUAAUAGAGGUACCUAAUAUUAUAUUAUUAGUGACGAUUCGAUUGAACCAUUGAGAAUAUCAAUGGAAAACCUUCCUUCAUCAAAUAUCACUGUUGAUCCAUACUUACAAUUCAUAUUAGACCCAAUGUGCAAAUACCGUAUCGAGUAAGAGAAGUAACAUACAAGUCUGUAUAAUGAUUUUUCAAUUUUAUGUUUUAUAUUUUUUUUUCAGAUUAGAAUUAUCUAUUAUGGACACAGUUGGAACAAUAGGAUUGAAGUAUGGUUUAACUUUUCCUUCAUAUAUCGGAAUCAUAAUACUUUUGGUGUUAUCGCACCAAUUCACGGAAUUGGCUAAUUCCGUCUCAGACACCAAUAAUGAUUGCUCAAUUUAUCACAACUCGUUGCCAUCCAUUUUCAAGACACUGAAGAUUUUGAUCAUUUCGAAUUGUUUCAUGACUGUCAUGUAAAUAUAAUUUUUAAAUUUAUUCAUUUCAUGAUUAUAAAAUAUAUUAUUUGAGGUUUUUGCUAUGGUUUUUCAGACAAUAUCUGUGGCCCGACAUGAAUAAACCAAUCGGUGGCAUUGACUGGCUCGGACAUCCCUUGAAGACAAUGAUAUUCUCAUCGUUACUGUAUAAUAUAACUAAUUCAUUUAUGUAUUUUGGAACUUUGGGUUUAUGGAUUAUGAUGUUAUUCUGGGGAAAAGCUAUCAACGAACUUCUAAUCCGGUAAACAAUAUUUAAUCUAAAAAUAAAAUAGCAAUUAUAUUUUAGAGUUAUUAUUUUUUUCAGAUUUAUAAUGAAAGCUAUGAAAAAAAAUGCCACGGUGUCUGAUUGGAUAUUAUAUGGAUUUGGAAAAUUACCAAUAGCUGUUCCGAUAAUUGCAAUUUUAAUGUCUUACCAUACUUGUGGUACUGUAGGACUAAUUAUUUCAGCGUUUUUCUAUUAUUUCUUGGUAAAAAAAAAUCCAUUUAUUUACCUUUUUUUUUUUAUUAAGUAUUGAUUAAAUUGUUUGUGAUCAAUGGAGACUGAUGUCUAGAUUAUUGAUUCAACCUUCACAUCAAAAUAUAGUUUUUAUUUUUUGAGUAGACAUUUAAUACACUUAUGUAAAAUACAAAUUUGUAUUUUAUAGCUUUGCACAAUGGUACAAGACCGUAUCGAAGAAUUAAUUUAUUACCCAUUGAUGUGCGUCAAAGAAUAUUUCAUGGGAGGUCAAAGACCGGUGUUGAAUUUAUCAUUAACGACAAUCCACCUGCAUUUUUCACUGUUUUUGUUGUGGUUAUUGAUUUGUGGUUGUCAUCUACCAUGUAGCAUUGAAUGGGCACGAAAUUACCAGUAAUAAUUAUCUUACAAUUGUCCUUCAAAACUCAUUACUCAUUAAUGAAUUUUGAACUAUUUUACAGUCAGAGUAAAUAUUUAGAUCCAGAUCCAUCAUGGAUUUCAUCCGUAAUUUUAAACAUCUGUGCAGGUAUACUGUGGCAAAUGGACAUCCCCAAACGCAACGUGUAAGUAUUAUUUUUCUCUAAAAAAAAAAUUUGUUAUAAAGUUAUAUUGUUCGACAUUUAUUAUUUAAUAUGUUUUAGGAAAUUUUACAGAGAAUUAAGUGAUGUUUGUAUAUCCACUUCAGUUAUAUUGUUUGUGUUCGGCCAAACUGCUUUGUUUCGAAUAGCCCCUAUUUUAACAUCUGUGUUUGUGCUUAUCACAGUAAAUCAGUGUUUUUGUUCGUGGUGGAUACGAUUCCGAAGUCAGAAUAAUGACGAAGUAAAUGACACCAACAAUGUCAGAAGUCAGCAGUGCAAUUAGCCAUAAAUUAGGUUAUGCAACUAGUAAUUUUGCAUAUUCAAAUAUGUGCAAAAUAAUAUCAACAUCCAUUCACUUCAAAAUGGCCCCGAUUAACAGCUAAUCAGAGUUUUGUAUGUGUAAUAUGUGUAAGACAUUUACAAAAAAAAUUGUGUUAGUUUUUAUUUUUUAAUUUUACCAAUGUCAUUUCAUCUUUUUAUGAGACUGAUUUGUGUCUAUAUGUUUGACUGAUUAUUUUCAGUUCUGAUUAUUUUUAAUGGUUUAUUGUUUUUAUUUAGUUAUUAUUUUUUAUUGUUUAACCAUUGUGAACCUCUUAUGUUUAAUUUAUUAUAACUUUAAGUCUUACAAUUUUCUAGUCAAAUUUGCAAACAGCAGAAAGAACAUUUUGAAUGUUAAAACGAAUAGGUAUAAUGAUUUGAAUGGAUAAAAAUAUACAAUUUCAAGCACAAAAACUAUUUUGUAUAACAAAAGAACUUUGGUAGUCUAGACAAAUUUUUUUUUUUUAUCCAAAUGUAUGAUUUUUUUUUCUGCUU